AUGUAUUAUUUCUUUCGACAGAGAAUAUAUGUCGAUCUUGUUGCCUGCAUUGGAGGUCAAAGCGAAGAAAGAUGGGAUAUCAAAUAUAUAUCGGAUACAAAUGGUGGUAAAUAUGAUCGUGCGGUUAAUGGCUAUGAAUUUGAUACAGUAUUAUACGAAACUGAAAGUAUUGUACAAAUAUGUCCACCAGGUAGUGAAGUCAUAGCUGGUGUUGGUGGAUGUGCUAACAAAACAACUAACACCACAAUAUUUCCAGCUGGAUCUCGAUGUGCUUCAAAACCCUGCGGAGAUAGGGGUGUUUGUUUUGAUUUUCCGUCAGCUGAUGGAUAUCAUUGUGAAUGUUAUUCUCCAUAUGCAGGUCUAAAUUGUCAAACAGAACACCAUCGAUGUCCUCGAUUUGCAUGCGGUAAUAGAACAUCGAAAAUUGUUCCAAUGUGUAUAGAUUUUGCAUUCGACAAAGCUCUUCCUCAUGUUUGCCAUUGUUUGGUGAAAGGUAAUACGGAAGAUAAGCAUUUUGCACUCAAUAGUUGUCACAAUGAAAAGUUAUUCUCAAUGAAGUGUGCUGGAGCAGAACGCGUUGGUGCAGUACCAUUUACUAACAAAGGCUUCUAUAUUUGUUUUACUGGUUCAAUUAACGCUUCCGUGAGAUCAUGUGACUUAGAUCGUGUGUGGAAUGACACACAAAAGGAAUGUGUACCUGAACAUACACCACCUUAA